UUGACUCCAAGUCUCCAACCUUCUACACUUCCUCACCUACUCUCUCUCUCUGUGGAUCGCAUUCUCUCUCUCCUUUUCCAGAUUUUUCUUCCGCCACAUAACCUUAUCCUCUCCCUCCCAAUCAAUAUCCCUUUCCCAGUUUCAUUUGUCGCGUGAAAAUACACCAAUGUUGCUAUCGCUGUGCUGAAACUUUUGCGAGUUUUCCAUCAAUGGCGGCUAUUAUUUCGUGCCACGCCCAUUCCUUCUCACGUUCGAAGGCAACUAACAAUUUUGCCAGCUCUAAUUCUCGGUCUAAUUGCAUCAAAUCGCCUUCUCCUACUCAGUUUAAACCUCUGUGCUCGCAAAAAUCAAAUGAAUUCGAAUCAAUCUCUCAACAGAGGGAUUGGUUUCCAUCGAUAAAAAAGAGCGCGAUUUCGAUUGCGCUGGCAGUAGGUUUGUUGGGAGGGUUUAGCGAUUUGGGAAUCUUGGAAUCGGCCAAUGCCGCAGCCAUUGCUCCGGCAUUGCCGGAUGUUUCAGUUCUGAUUUCUGGGCCACCAAUUAAGGACCCUGGAGCUUUGCUGAGAUACGCGUUGCCGAUCGAUAAUAAGGCCAUAAGGGAGGUUCAGAAGCCUCUAGAAGAUAUUACGGAAAGUCUGAAAAUUGCUGGUGUGAAAGCUCUUGAUUCUGUGGAAAGAAAUGUGAGGCAGGCGUCGAGGGCGCUGAAGCAGGGCAGGACCAUGAUAGUUAAGGGGCUGGCGAAGUCGAAGGUGGAUGAUGGGAUCGCUUUGCUUAACAAGCUGGAGGCGGGAUUGGAUGACAUGAUGAAGAUUGCGGAGAACAGGAACCGGGAUGCAGUCUUGCCCAAGCAGAAGGAGCUGCUCAAUUAUGUUGGAGGUGUUGAAGAGGAUAUGGUCGAUGGCUUUCCGUAUGAAGUGCCUGAAGAGUACAAAAACAUGCCGUUGCUGAAGGGAAGGGCAACCGUAGAUAUGAAGGUCAAGGUCAAGGACAACCCUAACCUGGAUGAGUGUGUAUUUCGUAUUGUUUUGGAUGGUUAUAAUGCCCCUGUAACUGCUGGAAAUUUUGUGGAUUUGGUGGAAAGACAUUUCUACGACGGAAUGGAGAUCCAAAGAGCGGACGGCUUUGUAGUCCAAACAGGAGAUCCUGAUGGUCCUGCGGAGGGCUUUAUUGACCCUAGUACAGAAAAAAUCCGUACUAUACCUCUUGAAAUUAUGGCGGAGGGAGAAAAGGUGCCCUUCUAUGGAGAAACUCUAGAAGAGCUCGGUCUAUACAAGGCUCAAACAAAACUUCCAUUCAAUGCAUUUGGAACCAUGGCCAUGGCUCGAGAGGAAUUUGAGGACAACUCUGCAUCAAGCCAGGUAUUUUGGCUGUUGAAAGAAAGUGAACUAACUCCUAGCAAUGCCAACAUAUUGGAUGGUAGAUACGCGGUGUUCGGCUACGUCACAGAAAACGAGGAGCUUUUAGCAGACCUUAAGGUUGGUGAUGUUGUAGAGUCGAUCCAAGUGGUAGCAGGCUUAGAUAAUCUUGUUAAUCCGAGCUACAAGAUUGCUGGUUAGGUGAAUCUAGUUCCUCCUAUUGGUUUUAUCCAUCGAAAUUUUCUGCCUGGAAGAGAGAGAGAGAGAGAAAGAGAGAGAGAGAGAGAGAGAGAGAUCUUCUCAUUCUUUGUACUUAGUUAUGCUGUUGUCCUUCGUCGAAAAUCAAAUUAAGUUAGUUGGAUGAUCUCGAUGUAACACAGCAUGCGUGUUUUCUCAUUUUUUAGCAAAUAUUUGUAUGUAAGAGGAAAACAUCUUUAUCUUUGAAGAGUCUUUUCAUUGUAAUAAUUUGUGGUUUUGUACUUCAAUAAAUUUACUUAACUCGUGAUUCACUGUA